AUGUCAAUUGAUCCUCUGCUUACAUCAUCAUGGGAUGAGAUUAUAAAAAUGCCCCUCUAGUCUAUAGCGCUCAAACUCAAUAGUCGUCCCAUUCGCUUAAAAUUAGGGAAAACAAAUUGUUGUACGUGCAAGUGUCGUUCAUCUCGCUCUGCAAAACCAUCACUGCCGUAAUCGAAGUUCUCUACUGGGUUAGUGAAUUUAAUUUUUGUCUUCCAUGUUGUAUUGCGUCUGUUUAGGUUGGUCUCGUUUGAUCGGUCGUCACGUUCAUAACUGGUUUCGCGUCUGUCUUUUAUUUUGGGUUUCGAUGUGUUCCGCAUUGGUUGAGGACGAAGAAGAUAUAGUUAGAUGACAAGUUAGUGGACGAGUUUUGCGAGAGCGAGAUGGGAUAGAGCGAUUCGAGCUAAAGCGAGAUGUGCUAGAGCGAGAUGAGCUAGAGCGAGAUGAGCGAGAGAUAGCGAGAGUGAGAUUAGCGAGGCUUUUACAGUAUAUUUUGUUAGUGAUUUUUUAGUAUGGACCUAUUAACUGAUAAAUUGAAUGUUCAUUGAACAAUGCAGGAGUAAUUUAAGAUGUUGAAAUCUUUGAAAAUUCGUGAAGUUGAUAGGUUUCCCGGGCAAGUAACUUGUCUGGCCCAUGUUGCCAAUGCCAACAAGAUUGUAAAGCAGAAGCUCACCGAAAGGCAGUUAGAGAUGUUCAAGAGAACAGUUUUUGGUCGAUUUCUAGACAUUGAACUUGUAUUCAACAACCCUCUAAUCCACCAUAUGUUAUUGUGGGAAGUGAAGAACUCAGGAAUGGACUCAAUCAGUUUCUUUGUCAGAGGAAAGGUCGUCACAUUUUCAAAGGACGACUUUUUGUUGAUCACUGGUUUGUGGCGGUCUCUUACGCGAGUUGGACGGAGUGAGGAGUCCUCACACGAACUUUUUACCAAGUACUUUGGUAGUCGGUUGGCCUCAGACACAUUCCACUUGCAUUUGCUUGAAGAAGAAUACAAAGAAUUGGUAUUUGAAAAUGAUGAUGAUGCAGUGAAAAUUACCCUAGUAUACUACACAGAGGUUGCAAUGAUGAGUAAAAACAAGCAAAAGAAUGUUGUGGAUCGUACCCUAUUUGAUGAUGUUGAGGACAUAGACUACUACAACUCUCUUGAUUGGGGUACAAUUAUUUGGCAGAGGACACCCGACUCUCUGAAGAUCGCACUUAAAGACAAGGUUGGUCUAUACAAGGAGAAGAUGAGGGGAAAUAAAAAUUAUGUUGUGAAGUACUCGCUCCGUGGAUUUCCCCAAGCAUUCCAGGUGUGGACGUACAAGAUCCUUUCGUUAAUAGCAGGAAAUGUUGCCACUCGAAAGAGCAAUGUAGCCAUUCCUCGUAUAUUACGGUGGUCAUGCUCCCACUCAGUGUCAUUCAAAACACUUGAGAGAGACAUUUUUUAGUAUGAAAAUACAAAAGUAAAAAAGGGUCUUGUCAUGUCUGAGGCUAAGAAGGAGUUUCGGGACGCCCCAAUUGAUAGACGGGCCGUAAGACAAGCACACUCCGACACCGAGAGUUCAGGGAGCUCUAGCAGUCCAAAUAGUGAUGGUGGUUCAGAAGGUGGGGAAGGUGAACAUGAGGGUAAUUCAGAAGAUGGAGCGAGGGAUGAAGAAUUUGAUGGGGAUCAAAACAUCCACCAGCCUACUUACACUCCCAGUGAAGAUAUGUUUCAUAGUGUGCAGGUGGUUAGUGACGUACGUCCUGAGUUUGAGGAGGAGUGUUCUAUCCCGGAGGAUUCGGGCUGCAGGGAAGGAGGCAAUGUUGAUCCUGAUGUAUAUGCCUACUUGCGGAGCAUUAACAGCUCAAUAUUAAGCUUGGAUGCCCGUGUAUCGAACCUAAAGAUGGACGUGAGAGACAUGAAAGCACAAUUGUCAACUAUUUUGUCUCUAUAACAGUCAAUGAAAGGUUCCACAAUGCCAACGAGGUCUCCCACUCCACAGACAGGACAUGAUGCCACUAUGUCCCCCAUCCCGACUGUACGUAGGUCACCUACCCCACCUCCACCUAAGUCACCUACCGCACCUCCACCUAAGUCAUUGAUCCCACCUUCACCUUCAUCUGUACAACUCGAUAUCAUGACCUCCUCUAAUAUCCUACAUCUCGAUUCACAAGUUAUGGUCGAGAGUAGAAAAACAACACGUAAGAGGAAGGCCGUUGAUAAGUACACACCUCCCAUAGAACCAAAAAAGAAAAUAACAAAAGAGAAGGAAGUUAAGGUUCAACUUCCUUUGGAUCGUCCAAAUAUUAAGUACCCUCUCCCUGGGGUACCUACGAUGCAGUUUAAAGCGACGAUCCAAUACUCCUUGGAGCAUGAGGUUCCAGCAGCUAUAUUGAAGAAAAUGGUAAACUGGAUUACCGAUAAGAAUACGGACAACGAGGUUCGAGAAAAUGCAGUUCAGCCAUUAUCCAAAAUCUUUUUCCAGGAGUUGACUGAACCAAGUUCAUGGGUUGAGUGUAACACCCUAAAUAUCAUUUUUGAGUUCAUGAAAGAAAAAUUCUAUAGGUGACCAGACAUGUGUAUGGCUCGUUUCACCAUCCUGCCAAUUGGAAUAACGGUAACCAUUUACUGCACUUUUGAAUAGGAAUACGUUGGUUGACUAUUAUGUGUUUUAAUGUUCUUUUCGUUGUGUAGAGUCAUCUAAAUUCUCGAGAUGGGGUCUACAAACAUAUCAAGAACAAGUCGACCUUGGAUGUUAUCGUAGCAUGGGCGGAUGAGACGUUACCAGAUUAUGUCAUGGGUAAAUUUAAUGUCAUGUGGUCAGAUGUGGACUUCGUAUACACGGCCACAAACAUUGAUCAACAUUGGAUGUUGAUAGCAUUCGAUCUAAAUAGAGGUCGGUUGUUCAUAUUUGAUUCACUGCCUUCCAUGACAUCGAAGAAGAAGCUGGAGGCUUUCCUUGAACCGUUGACUUACACCCUACCUUUGCUUUUUCACUACUGUGACCUGAAACGUUCGAAGCCGGACAUCGAAACGUCUCAUUAGAAGAUAGCCUGACCUACCUCUACGAAUACACAGCACAGGUCAUUAGAUUGUGGAAUUUUUGUUGUAAAAUUCUUAUAACAUUUAAUGAUUGGUAGUGACCCAUCUGUAAUAAUUCAAAAUAAGAUGACUGACUAUAGGAUGCAAUUGGCAUGUCAAU